GGUCAACGGCAGGCUGGCCAGCGGUCAACACCGCUGCGAGGAGUGCGAGUUUGUUGCUGAGGACGACGAGGGGCUGCAGGCGCAUAGAACCAUCCAUGAGGCAAACGAUGUGAAGGAUAACGUCAAGUACGUGAACAAUACACUGAGUUACCAGAACUACGUCUCGCCCGACGCCAACGCAUACAACAGUGACAGCAGCUACAACAAUGGCAAGUCAGUGUCGUUCAAACCGUACGAGUGCAAGGUGUGCGGGAAGCGAUUCUUCCGCAAGGAUCAUCUAGCCGAACAUCUCGGGACACAUUCCAAAACACAUAAACUUCAUAAAGGUGUGAAGAAGCUCCAGAAGGGGGCAGCACCCAGCCUGCUGCCGGCUCUAUGGAGAAAGCUUGGCUACCCAGAGCCACCGAACAGUACUGCAUAUCCUCGCCACAGUAUGGUGGAUAGUCUGUCAGCGCCUGCUAGCAUAUACAAGUGUGCCAUAUGUGAUAAGACAUUCCAGCGUCAUUAUAACCUGAAGUUGCAUCAAGCCGAACACAUGGGGGAAGCAGAGCUGUCCGUCAGCCCCGAGAACUCGCACGACUCAAACCACAACGUCGAUCCGUCGGUCGGCAACCACGCUGACGCGAGUUCCGCGCUGCGGGCGAUGGCGACCGACGCGCGCCCGAUGAAGUUCAUCUCGUUGCUUACCAACAGCGUCGUGACGAGCAGCGCCAGCAGCUCCCCGGAGAAGCUCGGCAACGGCAACGGCAGCGGCUCGGCCGACAGCACGAGUCCGCAGCCGAAGGGUUGCUACGGCGACGAGCACGACCGUCAGAGCAGCGGCAGCGGCGGCUCGGCGACGGACGUGUUGUCUAGCAUCUUCGGCGACGCGUCUCGCACGCGCAGCCUCCUGACGCAGAGCUACGCCGAGCAGAUGGGCGCGUUCACCCUCGGCGGGAUCGUGCCGGGGUCGCGCGGCGCCAACUACCGGCCGUACGAAUCGCCGAGCCUCCGGAGCCUCCUGCGCACGGGCCGCGUGAGCCUCGACGCGGCGCCCCCUGGCGACGACGUCGCGCCGAGCGUCGGCGCCGACGACGCGGCGGCGGCGGUCGUCGUCAAGCAGGAGCCGGUGGAUCCCGCGGAGCAGGCGAGUCCGCGCGACGACGACGACGAGGAUGCUGCGAGAGACGUCGAUAUGGUCGCCGGCGGCAACAACGGGAAGAGCUCGCCGCGCUCGGCCGAGAAGUCCGACUCGCCGCGCAGCGAGCCGUCGCCGCCGGCGCAGCGCGUGAGCGAGAACAAGCGCAAGGGCAUCCCGCAGCAUUACAUUCGCAACGGGCACGACUCGAACGAAGAGGGCGCCGCCGCGGCGGGCGGCGGCGACGACGGCGGGCAGUUCUCGAGCAUCCGCAGCGCGUUGAUAAGCCGCGGCGUGGCGCUGCAGCAGGCGCGCGCGCCGAUGGUGUCGCUGCUGAAGCAGCGGCAGGGCCGCACCGUGUCCUCGUACCUCGGCUCCGGCUCCCUCCUCUCCACCGCACUCAGCGCUCCGACAUCGAGUUCGCUCCAAACUUUCGCGCGCGGCGGCGCCGGCGGCGGAGCCAGGAUCGCGGCAACGUCGCCCGCUGUCGACGCGGAGAUGGAGUCGGCGCGCGGCGGCGGCGCGCACAAGAUGGCCGACGCGUCGAUGAGCUGCCCGUUCUGCGGCAUCGUCUACUUCGACCAGACGCUGUACUUUCUGCAUAAGGCGCUGCACAGUGAUAGCAACCCGUGGAAGUGCAACGUAUGCGGGCUGCAGUGUCAGAACAAGUACGACUUCAACUCGCACGUUUUGAGCAUCGCGCACAAUUGACGAAUCGUCCGCAUCGUAGUCCCGGCGGUUGUGUCACAGAGAUUUUUUUGUAUCAUAUAUAUCUAUAUAUCUUUUUGUUUUCCCCCUUCUUCUCCGUUUUUCGCAUAUAGUGUCGUAUCUUGUGAUAUACAGUUGUACGUCGAGUAUAGAUUGUUUAUUUUGAGUGGAACAUUCUAAAUGUUAUAAAAGAUUAUUUAUUUGUAAGCGGAGCCGCUUUGCCGACGUGCAAGCGCUAUUGCCGUUAUAUCUGUGAAUUGUUUUAAGUUAAUGCAUUUAUAUGCACAAAAUCAGAAAAGGAUGACGAAUGUGUUGCUAUGGUCAUUAAUAUAUAAAUUAACACGUUUGUAAGUUAGAUAUACGAAACUCUACUAAACCAGGGUGACCGCAUCUACAACCGAUAGUGAAGUCCGAUCAUCUCGCUAUGGUAUUGUAGCGUAGCGUAGCGGGAGCUGUAAUACUGAUAGCUUUUCAUGUUGUGUAGUAAGGAAAAGUGCCUGUGCUGAUGAUAAUAGUGCCUGCUUCCAGCUAUUGUUACGUCGAACCUACUAUUCAGUUUGCUCAUGAGUACUUGCGUUCUUAUCCAAUUAAGCUAGCUAACAUCAGCGUGAAUUAUUUUGACAGAUUUCAUUAUAAUUUACACCAGCUAAUGUGUUGAUCGAACUGAGUGUUAAUGGUACGUGGCUCCAUCUGUCGGUUGUUUUCUACAAAAUGUUACAUCCGUCGUCGGUUAAGUACGGCACACUCAUGCUGUGCUAAUAGAUAAUGAAGAAGAAGAUAGACCUAAUUAACUGAAUGAGAGGAUCCGUUUAGCAACUAUUUAGCUCGAGUAUUAGUGUCGUAUAAAAUUAUUUUUACUCCAGUUUCGUAUUUCAGUGACUAGAAGAACAAUGCUGCCAAUGUACAUUUCUGUGCUGUCACUGCUGAAAUAUUGUUGCAUGCAAGUGGGACAAUUCUUCGUAGCAAAGCCGUCAUUUUAGUAUGCUAUCAAUCAAAUAAUUAAUUACGUUACUAUGAAUUCAUACGCUGCCCGCUACACUGAUAGCUAGCUAGGUAAGCUGGUCACUCUGUGUGAUAUCCAAACGCCGGUAGAGAGUGACCUCAUCACACAUCCCGAGCUGACUUCAAACGGGCGCCGGCGCGACAUAACAGUAUGUUAGACGCCUCUAUUUCGCUUACCGAAGAUGUUGUAUAACAGCGCGCGUAGAGAUACCGUGAGACGUCACAGACUCCACCGUGCCGGGUGACGUCAUGGCGCCGAAUCAAGCGUAGGGUUUCUUGCAUGGGGGUGGGGGUGGAACACAGUUCAACAAUAGAAGCUGUAGGUAUUUAAUUAGCGGACGUGCUCUAGGUCAUCCUGACCUCUCGUGACGUCACCAUCGGGUAUGCCAAAUAUCAAAUACGGAUUUGCCGGCGUGUGUGAUUCGUGGCGCCACCUGGUGUUGCAUUCUCUCGGGGGGGGGGGCCGAGUGUUGUGUCUGUUAGCAAGCAGUAGGCGGAGCGGUAGCGCUAUGAGUAAAGCCACCCCCGCCCCUAAACGCAAGUUCGUGUACAAAAUAUGAUAAUUUAUUGCUAUUUAACGUGUUGGCGUUCGAAUGAAGUAUAGUGUCAGUGCGUGUCCAUGUUUGGUAUUAGUCUUACCGUGAUUGUUCCUCUGAGUCUGUCCGCCAUACUUGCCAGUUGAUCUGACGUCAACACCGCCUUCGCCUGUUUCGCAGGGAAGGGGAACUUACUGGCGCAGGCAGAGAAGUACAUUGAGACUACGUAGUUAUACCGUACUAACACAUUUUUUUCGUAUACAUACAUAUACGCCUCGAAGAUGUUCAGCGUUGAAAUCUUCGCGGUUCAUCAUAAGAACGCACGAGCCAAUGCAGUGCGCUAACACUCCGUAUACACCGGGACCAAAUAUACGCCACAUUCCGUGCUAUUCUGAUCCGAGAGCUAUGAUAAUACGAAGAAAAACAA